AUGGGGGAGGAUCAAAAGAGGGUCUUGAAAUCCGAAACAGGAAAUGUUUCGGUCGAGCCUUUAGCUGAUGAAAAGGAAAACAAUGAGCUUCCCAAUUUUCUGUCAUCCAUUAGGCUUAAAUAUGUGAAGCUUGGCUACCAUUAUUUGAUCUCCAAUGCUCUGUACCUAAUGUUAAUCCCUCUAUUGGGAGUUCUUUCAGUUCAUCUUUCGACUGUUUCGGUCAUUGAUUUAGUACUGUUAUGGGAGCAGCUUAGGUUGAAUCUAGUGUCAGUAGUUUUGUGCUCAACCCUUAUGGUUUUCCUAUGUACUCUUUAUUUCAUGACUAGGCCUAGGAAAGUUUACCUGGUUGAUUUUGCAUGUUACAAGCCUGGACCUGAACUUUUGGUAUCUAGAGAGAUUUUCAUAGAGCAUGCAAAGCAAUAUGGUAUAUUUAGUGCAGAAACUUUGACCUUUGUGAAGAAAAUUUUUGAAAGGUCAGGGUUGGGCCAGAAGACAUAUUUACCAGAAUCAUUCUUCAAAAUUCCACCAAAUCCAUGCAUGGCCGAUGCGAGGAAGGAAGCUGAAAUGGUGAUGUUUGGUGCUAUUGAUCAACUCUUGGCAAAGACUGGAGUCAAGGCUAAAGAUAUUGGGAUUCUUGUGGUGAACUGCAGCUUGUUUUGUCCAACACCAUCUCUUUCUGCUAUGAUUGUCAACCAUUACAAGCUUAGAGGCAACAUCCUGAGCUACAACCUUGGAGGCAUGGGCUGCAGUGCUGGAGUUAUCUCAAUAGAUUUUGCCAAGCAACUUUUGCAGGUGCAUCCAAACUCAUAUGCCCUAGUGGUGAGCAUGGAAAAUUUGAGCCUCAGUGGCUACACGGGGAACCACAAACCAAUGCUGGUUACCAAUUGCCUCUUCCGACUUGGAGGGGCAGCAAUUCUGCUGUCAAACAACUCAUCUGAUAGCCGUCGUUCAAAAUAUCAAUUGAUUCACUCUAUACGUAUCCACAGGGGUGCAGAUGACAAAAGCUAUUGUUGUGUGAUGCAAGAAGAAGAUGAAAACAUGAAUGUAGGAGUAGCCUUGUCUAAAGAUCUUAUGGCUGUUGCUGGAGAUGCCUUGAAGACAAAUAUUACGACACUGGGGCCAUUAGUUCUUCCUUUGUCUGAGCAAAUUCUGUUUUUUGUUACCUUAGUCGCAAGAAAGGUUUUGAACAUGAAAAUCAAGCCAUAUAUUCCAGAUUUUAAACUUGCAUUCGAGCAUUUUUGCAUUCAUGCAGGGGGGAGAGCAGUUUUAGAUGAACUCGAGAAGAAUCUAAGUCUUACUGAAUGGGAUAUGGAGCCAUCAAGAAUGACACUUUACAGGUUUGGCAACACAUCUAGCAGUUCAUUGUGGUAUGAACUGGCUUAUUCUGAGUCCAAGGGGAGGAUCAGAAAGGGGGAUAGGACAUGGCAGAUUGCAUUUGGCUCAGGAUUCAAAUGUAACAGUGCCGUUUGGCGUGCAUUGAAGACAAUUGAUCCAGCUAAAGAAAAGAAUCCUUGGACAGAUGAAAUUGAUGACUUUCCUGUUCAAGUUUCUCGGGUGGCAACAAUUAAUUAG